UUCGUAUCGACUCUGUUCACUCACUUGGUCAUAUAAUAAACAGAACCUCAAGCAGUAAAGGAAUUAGGCUAGUGACAUUACCAGCGCGUGGCUACACUCUCUGCUAUCGAGACCGGAGCUCAGACAGAGACACCUACUUCCUUCUCCGCCACCUCCAAUGGCUCCAAAACCGAUCACGAGUCCAGUACCGGACACAUGGUAUCCAUCCCUAGCAGUGACCAUGCUCGCGAUCGGCCUCGUGGUCACCGCUUCCUUCUUCAUCUAUGAAGCAACCUCAUCUAGGCGAAACCGCAGUCUUGCCAAGGAGCUUGUAACAGGAGCAUUGGCAUCUUUCUUUCUGGGUUUUGGGUCCUUGUUCCUGCUACUUGCUUCUGGCGUUUAUGUGUAGGGUUAUUUAGAACCAAUUAAAGUUUAUGUUAAGCAAGAUCAUUGUUACUUAAUAGAAUUUCUUUUUCUUGGUUAAGAGCUGUGGACUUGAACUGUUACAACUACAAUCUUUUUGAGUCGUUUCUAACUUCAAAGGAUCCUGCUUAUUCAAACAUUA